UGGUUACGGUGUUGUGGUGUUGUGUGGCUGCGGAAGGAUGCUGGGGCCCCUGGGAGUUUUCAGUGCCAGGCGAUGCGGCGGCUGGUGACGCUUCGACGGCGGCUUCGUCGGCAGCGUUUGAGAGCUGUUCAAAUGGUCAACGUCCACCAGGUAUGCGAGCCCCGGCAAAACGCAGAGCCGCGCCGACCCGGUGCUAGCGUCCAGUAACACACUAGCAAGCAGACAAAAAUCCCAGGAGCGCAAGCCUGUACGUUUGCCUUUGUGCACGCGUAGCGCUGCCGCAGGACAGAACCGAUCCCGCGGCACUGCCCAGCAUCGAAAACAGGAGCCGUAUCUAGGCGCCAGGGAUUCAUCCCAGCCUCAAGACUCGACGUCGGGAACCGCAGCCUCCGCGGCAGCAUCCGACGUGAUACGCCAUCGACGCGACGCGCAACAUCAACAAGAAGACGAUCGGGUAGCGCAUCAACAAGCAAAAGAUGCGCGAGUCCACGCUCCAGAUCGCGCUCGCCGCCCUAGGCAUCUCCGUCAUUGGUUUACUGAUAGAGCUCAAAAAGCGCGACAACAAGAAGAACAAAGUAAAAGACAACGACCCACCAAUCCCGAAGCGCCAGGCCUCGAUACGCAGAUACGAAGCUUUGAUACUCGAACGCGGCUCCGUCGGGUCGAAGGAUUAUCGGGUCCACGUCUUACAGAAGGACACGUCGCAACGAGCCAGAGAGCUGAGCCUCUGGCACGACGUGCCCCUCGUCGCGCCCUCGGCGCCGUCGUCGGCGCCGGCGUCGCCGCGCAACGCCCCGCCUUUAUUUAAUUUUGUGUGCGAGAUUCCCAAGUGCACUAGAAAGAAAUUUGAAGUGGCGACCGAUGAAACGAAGUGCCCCAUCAAGCAGGACGAGAAGAAGGGCGUGCUGCGCGAGUUCAAGAAGGGCGACAUUUUUUUUAACUAUGGGUGUUUUCCGCGGACGUGGGAGGACCCGAGGCACGUGUCGAAGGACACGGGCUAUCCGGGCGACAACGAUCCUUUGGAUGUGUGCGAAAUUGGUAUAAGACAAAUCGGCACGGGCCAAGUGAGGGCCGUCAAAGUCUUAGGUGUCCUGGCGAUGAUCGACGACGACGAGACCGACUGGAAGGUCGUAGCGAUUGACGUCGACGACCGGUGGGCUCCUGAACUCAAUGAUGUGGAGGAUGUGGAGCGCUUGUUGCCAGGAACGAUCUCCUUCAUAAGAGAGUGGUUCCGCACGUACAAGAUCCCCGACGGCAAGCCGCCGAACAAAUUCGCGUUGGAGGAGCGGUGCAUGCCGCGUGCCUACGCCCACGGCGUCAUUAGGGACACGCACGCGGCCUACCGCGACCUACUAGCGUCGGGCGGCCACGAGGGGCUGCACCUGCCGGCGGACAUUUCCUCGCUUACUGGCUUGGCGCGCGACUCGGAGAUUGUUGAUAGGCGGCUUCCCUUGUCGCCGGCCAAGGCCACGCUCUAGUAAGUAACUUC